AUGUCAAUACCUACCGCUAAUUGCCUCGCAUGGAAUUGUUCGACGAGUUCGGUGCCGUUUUCCUGUACUUUUACCAAUAUCCACUACGACAUUGACAACGAUACCGUUACAUCGUUAUGGCAUCCGGACCCGACAAAUACGACAAUUGUGACAUUCGUUAAAUCCCUAAUUCCACAAAUUCCGUCACUUUUGUUCGAUGUUUUUCCCAAUGUGCAGCACUUGGAGAUGCAAUAUUGUGGUUUACGAUUUUUGUUGCCCGAUACCUUUGUGAAUGGGACUCAUUUGGUGCAUCUUCAGCUAAGUCGGAAUAAUCUUACGGACUUGAAAUAUGGGUCGUUACGUGGUUUGGGCAAUUUAACGCAUCUGGAGUUGGCCCAUAACCAGAUACAAAAAAUCAACGAUCGAGUUUUCGGGGAUUUAGUUCAGCUGAAGAUUCUGGAUUUGUCGCAUAAUGUCAUUGAGGAGUUGGGGGAGACGACUUUUGAACGUCUGACUUCCUUAGAGACACUUUUGCUGGAUUUCAAUCGAAUUGUUCGUGUUGACAAGUCGUGGUUCAAAGAUACGCGAAAGAUACUCUUCAUUUCGCUCACUCACAAUCACAUAAAUUUCGUGCAUGACGGCGCAUUUGCCGACGGACUCGACGAAUUGUUUCAGGUGCGUUUGUCCGGUAAUCGAUUAGCCAAAAUUGACAUGCGAAAUAUUGAUGCGGAAAAUUUGGACAUUGAUAACAAUGCCAUUCGUAGUCUCUACGUUGGCAGACAGGCACGCAAAGUACUUCGCCUCGAUGCACAAAGCAACAUGAUAAGCAAACUACGAUGCGACCACAACCCCAAACUAGUCGGUCUCAUACUAACGAACAACAGCUUAACCGAUCUGAGUUGCAUCGCGAAAAUGCGACGUCUUGAAAUGUUGUUCCUGGGCGCCAACAAGAUACGCCAACUCGAACGCAGCACCUUCGUUAACCUCAUUAAUCUCGUGACACUGAGUUUGGAAAACAAUGAAAUUGAAUUCCUCGAGCCUGGGUUAUUUGAACAGCAGCUCGGUUUAAGGACACUAACCUUAUCGAACAAUAAGCUGCGACAGUUUGAUGGCAAUAUUUUCGCUAGUACGAAUGCCAUUGAUACAAUUCAUAUCAAUGCCAAUCAUCUCACGACAAUUACGUAUGAAGGUAUUAAGCAAGCGUUGCCGCAUCUGUCGAUUGUCGAUGUCUCGGAGAAUGAGUGGCAGUGCUCGUAUCUCGCCAAUAUGCUGCACGUGUUUGAGCAGUACGGCAUCAAGUGUCUCAAAACGACCGAUUCGCACAUUGAUGAGGUAAAUGUGAAGGGUAUUGCCUGCGUGCCGGACCAGAAAAGUGACGAGGAUAUGCGGUAUGACUUGCUGUAUGAGAAAAUAACGAAGCUGGAACUGGAAAUUAUCAAUAGUCAAUUGAAUCAUGCGAAUGUGAUGCGACGACUCGAUGAAAUGUCCAAGAAAAUUCUGCUAAUUGAAGGUAGGCAGCAAACGAAUCACGUUGAAUAUUUGAUACGCGAAUAA